GCAGUACUGUUCUGUCAUAUCUAUCGGUGAUGUAAUGUAAGUUCUAUUAUCCCAUAACCUGUUUUGUGGCAGUGUUUUCAAUAGGAAAGCAACAAAAUGGGAGGUCAUGGGGAACCAGAAAUUUCUAAUGAGUAUGGUUGCUCAAAGAGCGGAGGGGUCAAAGUUAUGGAUAUACAGGGACGUAUGAUACGUGAGAGAGAACGUGCAAUUGGUAUGACAGAUACUGAACGUGCUUGGAGAGCCAAAUGGGUAAAAGAUCAAGUCUUACAUGGUGAACCAAUUAUACCAGAUAAUUGGUAUCAAGAAAGAUACAACCCAAUCAGAAGAUUUUAUAGAACACCUAUGCAACUAUUUCAAAGUGCUUUAACUCCAGUAAUAGGUUCUCUUAAAGCAGAAAUAGCACGACACUUUAUAGCCAAAAUGGGAUUUUUGAUACUUGGCACUUAUGCGGGUCUCUAUUAUUUCAAAUAUAAUGCAGGUAAUUGGGAACGCAAAGGAGGAUGGAAAGUUACAGUGAAUAGACCAGCAAUGUAUCCUAAUGACAAAGAUUUUCCAAAUUACAAAGAAACAGCACCACAUGAUUAUGCUACUUUUGGUUUUGAAAAGUCAUCUAUAUAAAAUAAUUUUUUUAAUUGUGUAUAUAUAGUAAAAACGUUAUAAUCAAAUAAAAUAUUACAUUAAAUUAUUUAUUGGAAACAGCCAGUAGUAAAUAAGUGCCUUUAAAACACAAACAUG